GGCUUGUUUUUGGAAUCUGGCGGGGUGUUGGGGAGACAGCGGCACCUUUCUCAGGAAGCUGGAGGUGUGGGCUUAAAAUGUUCUCCCAGGGUCAGGGCAGCCUAUAGGCGUGGAGAUCGGGCUUGUUUUGACUGUGGGGUUAUGGGACGAUUCUGACACGUCCCUGGGAGAGAGGUGGAUUUAGAGUGUUCACAGGGAUGGAGCAGCACCAGAAUGGACGCAGGAAGGAACCCCUGGUGCUGUGUCCGGAUUCUGCAGGGGAAGUUUGCUGGGACCCUGGCCCCACCUAGCCAGUGGAAUGUCAGCCACACUGGAUCUGAAGUCGAAAGAGGAGAAAGAUGCUGAGUUGGACAAGAGGAUCGAAGCUCUUCGGCGAAAGAACGAGGCCCUCAUACGGCGCUACCAGGAGAUCGAGGAGGACCGUAAAAAAGCUGAACUCGAGGGAGUAGCGGUGACAGCGCCCCGGAAGGGCCGCUCGGUGGAGAAGGAGAACGUGGCCGUUGAGGUGGAGAAGAACUUGGGUCCCUCUCGGAGGUCUCCUGGGACCCCGCGGCCCCCGGGGGCCAGCAAGGGAGGCCGGCCCCUCCCCCAGCAGGGAGGCCGGGCAGGCGUGGGCCGGGUGGCCCGUCACUGGGAGGACAGUUCUGGGGAGCAGCCUCGAGGAGGAGCUGGGGGCCGCGGCCGGAGGGGCCGGGGCCGGGGGUCCCCUCAUCUGUCUGGGGCCGGAGAUGCCUCAACUGCCGACCGCAAAUCCAAGGAGUGGGAGGAGCGGCGCCGGCAGAACAUCGAGAAGAUGAACGAGGAGAUGGAGAAGAUUGCGGAGUAUGAGCGCAACCAGCGGGAAGGCGUGCUGGAGCCCAACCCGGUGCGGAACUUCCUGGACGACCCCCGGCGACGCGGCGGGCCCCUGGAGGAGCCUGAGCGGGACCGCCGGGAGGGCAGCCGCCGGCACGGGCGCAACUGGGGGGGACCCGACUUCGAGCGGGUGCGCUGCGGCCUGGAGCAGGAGCGGCAGGGCCGCCGGGCCGGCCUGGCUGGCGCUGGCGACAUGACGCUGUCCAUGACGGGCCGGGAGCGGUCGGAGUACCUGCGCUGGAAGCAGGAGAGGGAGAAGAUCGACCAGGAGCGGCUGCAGAGACACCGCAAGCCCACCGGCCAGUGGCGGCGGGAGUGGGAUGCCGAGAAGACGGACGGGAUGUUCAAGGAUGGCCCAGCCGCUGCCCUCGAACCAUCCCAUCGCUAUGAUGAUCAGGCCUGGGCUCGGCCCCCCAAGCCCCCCACUUUCAGGGAGUUCCUGUCCCAGCACAAAGCGGAGGUCAGCCGCAGGAGGAAGAAGGGUAGCCGAUCCCAGACCAAGGCAGCCCCUCGUGCCUACAGUGACCAUGACGACCGCUGGGAGACGAAGGAGGCAGCAUCCCCAGCCCCUGAGGCCCCACAGCCCCCUCCACCCGAGGAGACGCCCGUGCAGCCGCUGGAGACCCCAGCUCCUCCUGCCCACCGGCCUCCUGAGGAUGACGGGGAGGAGGACGAGGGGGAGGAUGAGGAGUGGGAAGAUGUGAGUGAGGAGGAGGAGGAGAUCGAGGAGGAGGAGGAGGAGGAGGAGGGGGAGGAGGAGGAAGAGGCCAUCGAGGAGGAAGAAGAACCAGCCCAAGACCACCAACCCCAAGAGGCUGCGCCCACCGGAAGCCCCACCGGUGAGCAGGCUGACAAAGAGCCUUCCAGGCCAGAGGAGCCCCUGCCACUUCCCCCGGCCCCUGCCAGGCCUUCUAGCCCCUUCUCGCCCCCUGGGGGCCACCAGCCCGUGUCUGACUGGGGUGAAGAGGCGGAGCUGAAUACUUCCCCCAACGCUGAUGCCCUCUCCCUCUCUCCGGGAGGUGACCAGCCAGCCCCUGCCUCCCUCGAGAGUGGGCCCUGCCUCCCAGGAACCCAGAAAGCUGAAGAGGAAGGGUCUGAGGCAGCUUCAGAGGCGGGCACUGAGGGUCAGGAGACCGCGGAGAUCACCGACUUCCAGAGGGUGCGUUUCUGCAAGGUGGUGGCGGCCGCUCCGCCACCGGGGGCCGCCCGCUGACCGCGCCUGCAGACUGCGGCCUCCGCGUUCUGCACUAACCUCCUGCCGCCUUGCUCCUCUGUCCUCUGCUUCCGUCACGCUCCAGCCAGGAGAGGGUUAAAUGUAAGGGGGGCGGAGUCAGGGCCAGUGAACGGGGUGGGACCAGGGCAAUAGGCAAGUCUCACGAAUGGGGGGCGCCGUGGCACCGGGAGGGUUGAGACGCCCCCGAGUUACCCACCUAAUGGCAGCCAUGGGGGCUAGGUGCCGGUCCCCGGAUCUAGAUUCCCGCCUCCUGGAGUUUCCAUCUGGGGCAUGGCAAAUAGCCGGUGACUCUCCCGCAGGACUUGGAAUUACUAGGCCACCGGCCUUCUCUUAUUAAACGCAGUGCUUCCGCUAA